UUGAGGCUCACUUUGAGGAAGUGAGCAACCCGGUAAUAAUAAAUACAAUAAAGCUUGGGGCAGGUUGCUUGUAAAACAGUAAGUGUUUGAUUUAGUGACUUAUCACGGCUGAGUAUAGUCGUAGUUACUCGUUAUGGUACAGGAGCAGAUAUUUUUAACUUGGUUCUGGUCAGUUGGUGGAAAUUUGUUUGGGGCUUUUGGAGUCUCUGUGUCACACAGAGUGUGUGGACUGGAUUCUGCCUCACUGUAAGGACUGGUUCCUCGUUCCUGCUCGCAGGAUGCAUCUCCAGGUUCUUCUGUGUGUUCUUGCAGCAUGCUAUGAAUCAGCUGCUGUUCUGAAUGUGACGAGCAAUGAACAGAAAGGCGAUGGAAAAGAUGUAAUCCCACUCCUGAUUGUAUCGUUUGAUGGUUUCCGGGCAGAUUAUCUGGAAAAAUACCCAUUACCUAACCUGCAGAAAUUCUUCUCUGAUGGUGUUCUUAUUGAUCACGUGAGCAAUGUCUUUACUACUAAAACCUUUCCUAAUCAUUACAGUCUUGCCACUGGAUUGUAUGCGGAAAGUCAUGGAAUCCUGGCAAGUAGGAUGUAUGACUCCGAGACAGGAAAACAUUUUACUGUUCAGAAUUCGAGCGAUCCUUUCUGGUGGAAUGAAGCAACGCCGAUUUGGGUGUCUGUGCAGAACAGGAAUUAUAAAUCUGCAGCUGCAAUGUGGCCAGGAACGGAUUUGUUGAUUCAAAACCGUACCUCGACCUACUUCUUAAAAUAUGACCCAAAGGUUGGCUUUAAUGAAAGACUGGAAAACUUAACAAAAUGGCUCACUGAAGACAAUUUGGUCAAGUUUGCUGCUCUGUACUACGAAGAACCUGAUAAGACUGGACACCACUAUGGACCAGAAAACACCACAAUGAUGGCCAAGGCGCUGAAAGAAGUCGAUGACCAUGUAGGAUUUCUGAUCUACCACCUCAACCAGACAGGACUGUGGGGGAAAGUUAAUGUAAUUAUUACUAGUGAUCAUGGCAUGGCGCAGUGCUCCCAAGACCGACUUAUCAAGCUUGAUGAGUGUGUUGAUCGGAAUAGCUAUGUUUUGGUGGAUGCCACUCCAGUGGCUGCCAUCAUACCACGCAAUGAUUCCUCAGAUCUGUACAGAAAACUUAGCAAAUGCAAUAAUCACAUGAAGGCUUACAAGAAAGCUGCCAUACCUGACAGGCUGCACUACAAAAACAAUAAACGUAUUCAGCCCAUCAUCCUGGUGGCUGAUGAAGGUUGGACAAUUGUUCAGCAAGGCAACCUCCCACGAUUGGGUGAUCAUGGCUAUGAUAACUCUCUGCCCAGCAUGCAACCCUUCCUAGCGGCGCAGGGCCCUGCUUUUCGGAAAGGCUACCGGAUGAGCACCAUAAACAGCGUGGAUCUCUACCCACUCAUGUGCAACCUCCUGGGCAUCCCUGAGAUGCCUAAUAAUGGCAGCUUCUCCAGCGUGCGCUGUGUGCUGCUCAGAGAGAAGUGCUCAGACCUGGCAGCAGUGGUAGGCAUCGUCAUCGGUGCACUCAUAGUGCUCACCACCAUCACCCUCCUCUUCAGACUGCUAAAGAACAGGGAGCAAUCCUCGUCACGGCCGUUUGCCCGCUUGGAGCUGGAGGAGGAGGACGACGAUGAUCCUUUGCUCGAAUGAGUGCGAAAAUCUUUAGGGUUGGUUGAAGUACAUGCAGUAUGUUUUUGUCCAAAAAGAAAAUAAAUAAAUAAAAAGCACAAAUAGGCAAAAGAUGAAUGAAGGAAAUGAUUGUAGGUUAGGAGCUCUACUUCUGUAGCAAAAUUUUGCCUAUUUUCUCCUAUAGCUAUCCAAAGAUUAAGACUGCUCUUUUGUUAUUAAGCAACAGCGUCCCAUAAUGUUCAAACACAUUCCCGCUUACUUGUGGGUUGUUGGGGUUUUUUUUCUCUCUCUUCUGUUUUCGGUAUAUCAUGAGAAUAUUAAGAUGUUAGAGAUGAGGACUCUAUAUAGUGAUGUUAAUAUGUAGUCUUUCAGUAUAAAGCAUUUGCAAAUGAAUGUCAGGUCAUAUCUAAUGUAAAAUCGCAUAAUAUCGAAUACUUCUAUUAUUUUUAAAGCGGCUAUUUUGGGGCACAUAUGACACAAACUAUAGUAAACUAAUAAGUCAGACAGGUAUAGGUAUUAUCAGGUAUGCUCAAGUGCAAUGUUCAUUUGACUUAAUGGCUUACUGGAAAUGCACUGAGAAUUUUCAUAUUAUGCAUCGCUUCACGGGUUUGAGGAGUUUUCUGAUCUCAAGCAUAGUACCAGGAGCUGAAGCAAUCAAGUUACUGAGUCAUGUACACUGUGUAUUUAUUUCCCUUUUUUUUAAUGCUUUUAUUAAGAGUAUAUGAAUCGUUUUUCUCCUGCUUCCUCAGUGAAUAUUGAUCAUGUUUAGUGUUAAAGGAAAUUUCUAUUUUUCUAUGUUGGUAGUAUAUAAGUGUAGACUAUUCAGUGAUGUGAAAAAUAUGCUUUUAAUCAGUUCAAUUAAAAGAGCUUGUUUGGGGUUUUUUGGUUUUAAAUGAUUGAGUUUCUUGCACUUAGAUGUUUGUAUUUAUGGUGAGAGGGGUUUAAGGGCUGUUUCACUGUUUUCUUGAAGUCUUCCUUGAAAGGUAUUUGUACUGUAACUAUGCAAGAGAGAAUUUCAGGUACUGAUACGUUGCAGGAGCUUUUGCGGAGCUGUGUUUGCGUUUAAACUGUGGUUGUGUUAGAUUUUCUUUGUGAUAUUUAGUAAUGUUAUUUUACGGCAGCGUAAACGGUUUGCUAGAUGUGAAGUAGUAAUACAUUGACAGAUGUAAUAUGGUUACAUCUGAACCAGUAGAGGUCACGCUUUCUAAUGUGCAUCUUAUAAUGUGGCUCACAGUAGUGUGUACAAUUAUUCUUAAGAGGAUAAUAUUCUGAAUUUGAUACAGGUCUUGUAAACGUAUAUUCCAUUUGGAUGUUCUGAAUUUAGCCUUAUUCCCAAUUUAGCAUUUUCUGAUUUUAAGAUGUGCGAUAUGCUGAUAUUUGGGUUUUAGGAGCAUUAUUUGAACCUGUACGCAGUGCUUUCAGAAUGUGUAUCGCAAUUGGGGUUUUUAUAGCAGUUUACAACACACUGCCUCUUACCUGUUUAUGGUCAGCUCUGUGUGUUUUGUACACAAACUAGACAUGUGGAGUAUGCAUGGCUGCAUGUAAAUGGGAACGAUGGAAUAUUUUUCAUUAGCCAUGUAAACAGCUUGGUAGACUUGUUGUCUUUUUCUGAAUAAGGGGAAGAAAUGGAAUAUUUUGUGAAUGUAAACGUAAUAAAUAAUAUAUAAGACUCCUAA